AUCAUCACUCAACCCUUCUAGUAUUUCCUUAAUUUACCCCCCUCCACCCUCCCUAAUUUUUCUCUCUGUACUCCGGCUUGUUUCCUAGUUUUCUUCUGAAGUUUACUUUCUCAAUGGAUAGAAAUCAUCCGCACCGACAGCUUGCCCUCAUGAGGCAAUCCUUCUUUGAUCAGGGAUAUCUUGAUGAACAAUUUAUCCAGUUGGAGGAACUCCAAGAUGAUGCUAACCCCAAUUUUGUUGAAGAAGUUGUCACGUCAUAUUACCGUGAUUCAGCCAGAUUGAUCCUAAACAUAGAACAGGCACUGGAGAAGAAACCUCUUGAUUUCAAUAAGUUGGAUGGAUAUAUGCAUCAGUUCAAGGGAAGCAGCUCUAGCAUUGGUGCUGAAAAGGUGAAAGCUGAGUGCACCCAAUUCAGGGAAUAUUGCAGGGCUGGAAAUGGCGAAGGAUGUAUUAGGACUUUCCAGCAACUGAAGAAAGAAUACACAACGCUGAAGAAGAAGCUUGAAGCUUAUUUUCAGCUGGCACGACAAGCAGGACCUAGUGAGACAGCAUGUCGCCCCAAGUAGGAUACAUAUCUGCAUGGGAUGGGAGAGAAAAUUAUGCAGUGUGGGAAAAAGAAUAGGAUUGGUGAAUUUGGUGCUGUUUUAUGUACAGCAUCACCAAAUAAUGGAAUGUUUGAGUUAGUUUUUAUCAUGGUUUUUGGGUUUGCUUGUGAGACAUGUAUAUCUAUUAAUUACAUAAACAGUAAUGCUAUGG